GUGCGUCUCGGCUAGUAGAGCCUCGGAGCGCAUUAUCUUCCCCGUCAUCUCCGUCUGGGCGGUCGGUGCUGCUGCUCCGCGUGCCGGGGAAGCGGGCAGGAGGAGAUGCGUUUGAUGCGCGAACCGCAGAGGAUAUUGCGGCAGCCGAGCCUAAUUGGUGUGAUUCAUGUCCCCUUUGAGUGGCUGAAACCUAUUCAUAGCCCGAGAGGAAAGGGAGAGGGGGGUAAGAGGAGGAGAGAAAAAGAGGGACGGCGGUUUGCGCAAGGAUCCCACGCAGGAGUGCAACAUUUGGGAUAUCAGGGAUUAUAAACCACCAGGAGAGAAAACAAAAAAAAAAUGAAAGAGAGGGAACGCGCGCCGGGGUAAAGUUUCUUUGGCAGAGGUGAGGUUUUUUUUUUUCCUUCUCUGUGGACAUUACACUGCCUCAGACUGACGCCGUGAUGGAAUGACACUUGGAAGCAGCAUGAUGGACACUUUGGCACCGGGGCUCCUGCUCAGAAAUCCUCCCGUUUCCAGCCAUGGUGCUGACCGAGCCCUCAGGACGGUAUCAGUUCAUUUGUUUUGAAGUGGCAGGAAAAUCCUCCUCUGAUCGUUUUCUGACCCCCACACAACCACCCCAGCCCACCCCCCCCCCCGCGAGUCGCCAAACAAGAGAAAGCGAGAGAUGGUGCGCACAGCGAUUCUUCACAGAUUGACGUGCGUACUCAUCACAUUCCCGUUAAGGAGCGCGUCUUAAAGAGCUUCAUUCUUCAUUCAUGGCCAUUCCGCCUCUGUGAACUUGUUGAGCGGUGUUAAAGAGCUGGGGGGACUGUGUGCAGAAGGGGAUUCAAGAAAUCACCAGAUCACCACACAGGACAAGGACCAUGAUUGACAGCCAGCCGAGCUGAGGAGACCUGUCACUCAUCUUCCUAUCAGCGUGUCAGAGGGCUAUCUCCUUCUCGCCUCCCCCCUCUUCCUCCUCCUCCUCCUUCUCCUCCAUCCUCCUCCCUCCCUCCAUCCUCUCCUCUUAUCUUCUCAACGGGCUGCUGGCGACCUUGCCACCCCCUGAAGUUAUCCCCCACUCCAAGAAAAAGGCCACCUGGAAGAGAUAGACAGAGUAAAGACAAACAAGAAGUCACUGUUUGCCCGACCCUUGCUCCCCCCCUCUGAAUUGCUAAAGGGAGUCUGGGCAUGCUGCCUCCUCUCCCUCAGCAAAGCUGGAAACCAGUUGAGUGAGCGGUUCUGAGCCGAGGCAGAAGAGGGAUCCCUUGUUCGUGCACCUUCAUAAGGAGAUCCAGGUCCCUGAGAAGGAGCUGAGAGGGGACCAGUCAUGCGUUUCCAUUUGGCGUUGACCCUGCAGGCCCUGUGGACCGGCGUUUGCCAGGCGGCCAUGCAGCACUACCCCGCAGCCUGGGGCCACUACGACGUCUGCAAGUCCCAGGUUUACACAGAUGAAGGCCUGACCUGGGACUACAUGGCCUGCCAGCCUGAGGCAGCGGAUAUGACCCAGUACCUGAAGGUGACUCUAGAUCCCCCCAACAUCACCUGUGGGGACCCUCCAGAGACCUACUGCGCCCUGGAGAACCCAUACAUGUGCAACAAUGAAUGUGACGCAAGCACCGAGGAGCUUGCCCAUCCCCCAGAGCUCAUGUUUGACAUUGAGGGCCGCAACCCCACAACCUUCUGGCAGUCCACGUCCUGGAAAAAGUACCCCAAGGCUCUACUGGUCAACAUCACUUUGUCCUGGAACAAGACCAUCGAGCUGACCGACGACAUCAUUCUCACCUUCGAGUCAGGUCGGCCUGAACAGAUGGUGCUAGAAAAGUCACUGGACUACGGACGAACCUGGCAGCCCUAUCAGUUCUAUGCCACUGACUGCCUGGACGCCUUCACCAUGGAGCCCAAGACGGUGCAGGACCUGACCCAGCACACCCUGCUGGACAUCAUCUGCACUGAGGAGUACUCGCGGGGCUACGUGUGGAAGUACGACAAAACGGUGCGCUUUGAGAUCAAGGACCGCUUUGCGCUGUUUGCUGGGCCGCGGCUGCAUAACAUGGCAUCGCUUUAUGGCCAGCUGGACACCACCAAGAACCUGAGGGACUUCUUUACCAUCACAGACCUGAGGGUGCGCCUGCUACGGCCCGCCACUGGAGCCACUAUGGUGGACGAGAACAACCUGUCCAGAUACUUCUACGCCAUCUCCGACAUCAAAGUCCAGGGCAGGUGCAAGUGCAACCUUCACGCCAACAGCUGUGUAUUUGACAAAGAGAAGCUGAGUUGCGAGUGCGAACACAACACUACCGGGCCUGACUGUGGCCGCUGUAAGAGAAAUUACCAGGGGCGAGCGUGGAGCGCCGGCUCCUAUCUGCCAAUUCCCAAGGGCACAGCUAAUAUCUGUAUUCCUAAUAACAUUGGUCCAGUUAUUCGGCCGAAUGUCUCGUCCCUAGGUGUCGCUAACCGAAAAGAAGCUCCUCAAGUUGCAUUGUCCACUGCCCCCUCCAUCCACGUUGCAAACAGCAAGCGAGACUGUAAUUGUAAUCCCUUUGGCUCAGUCAGUGAUCGCUGUAAUGGCACAGGAUUUUGUAAAUGUAAGGAGGGCACUACAGGGCCUAAGUGUCGGGAGUGUCUACCCGGCUAUUUGUGGGACAAUGGCUGCAAAUCCCGGGUGUGCGACAACGAACUCCUGCGCUGUCAAAACGGUGGGGUGUGUCUCAACAACCUCCGCUGCGAGUGUCCCAGAGCCUACACCGGCCUGUUGUGUGAGAAGCCCCGCUGCGAGUCGGAGCUGGGGGGCUGCGGGGGCGCCGAUUCAGGCCAGGCCCCCCUGUCGCCUCCGUCCUCCCCCAGGCUGCUGCUGCUGCUGCUGCUGGGCUCUGCAUUGCUGAGACAGGCCUCCUACUGGCCCACCAUGCUCUAAGAGACCCAUGCCUACUGUAGACACGUUGGUCUGGCGGGAGUGAUUCAACCCCCCGGACCGCCACUACCAAACCCUAACCCCAACCCCCCCCUUUCCUCCACAUCGCCCCAAAUAAUCAACAACCAUCGAACAAGAGCAACCAUGAGCUUUCUGGACCGUACUGUAAGAGCUUGUCCACCCCCCGCCAGACUCAAUGGACACUCACGAUAAAGGGAAUGUGCAAAACUUUUCAUUUAAAUUUCAAAGAGUAUAUAGAGAUUAAAAUUUACAAAAAAAGAGAUAUAAUUCAGAAAAAAAUGCCAGAUAUUUAAAAUAAAUUUAAAAAAAGAUUUAAAUUGAGCAUUUGCUUCAUAUGAAUCAAAGAGCAGAGAACAGUGACCCGCCCUCCCACCCCUCCCUCAAAGCCAUACCAGGUACAUGAGCUCCUUCCGGUUUGAGAAGGGACAACUGGAGGUGACGGACUCUCUUAUUGCCACGGCAACAGCAGCUGCUACCGAUCAGCUCCUUUCCGCAAACUGACAGCUGCAGCCGAUCCUCCUGGGAUGCUUACAUGAGAGUGACGUUGGCUGGCUGAUGCUGAAGAAAUCUCAUGGAAACUGUACCCGCUGAAUGGCAAGACUGGCCUCUAGAACAUACCGUAUACAUGCAUAAAGUGACAUACAAAAAAAAAAAAAAAAAAGAAAAGAGGAUAUAGCAUACAGGAAGCAUUCUUUGCUGUCAGUGCAUUGUGGAUAGAAGGAAAUUCGCCCGGACUGCCACGUUGUGACACGAAAAUCUCGCCCAUGUCGACUUCUCGCUAGCUUUCUGUCUCCCGUUCCAGCGCUACCCCUCCGACCUCCACUCAUCCCCUCCGAUCUCGUCCCUCCCUCCUCCACGGCUUCACUCUCCCAUCCCAGGUCUCCUCACCAUGCUGCCACCGACCUGUGCUUUCGUGAACGUUACUCUGUAACCCUUGUCGGUUGAAAGAUUUUUUGUCCGAUGUUAGUGACGCACAUGUGUACGAAGUCCCCGCCCCCGCCCCUCCUCCCGCCCCUCAUCUCUCCUCCAAAAAAAAAAAAAACAGAAAAAGAAAAAAAGAUACUCCAAUAAGCUGUCUGAUUAUUUUCUAUCUUAGAGCCACGGCGCUCCCUACGAUCAUGGUCAAAGAGGAUAGUUUUCACCAGAGCAGAUGAGAAGUGCAUAGAAAAUCAUCGAUGUAUUUGCAAGUUCUUUUCUCAACUGCGCAAACAAACAUAAAAAAAAAACAAGUCAUGUAGUCCUUUUGUAUCCUUGCCGAACUGUGAUUGAAAAAAG